AUGCGUUUAUACUCUCUUUUAACAUCAUUUUUUAUUCUUGCUGCUGCUGGUACAGCGCUCUCUCAGACAAAUUUUUAUAGCUCGAAUACAACAAUUGGUCAAGGAUGCACAUAUCAACAAAGUGGCUAUGCCAUUUGCGUAAAUGAUCCAACACCUACCAUGACACAGAUUACCAUGCCAACUUCUUUUACAAAUGCUAUGAACAUAAUUUCGAAG